AUGAAGCUAUCCGGAAAGGUCGCCCCGUCGAUUCUAUCUCUAUGGAUUUGCAAUGCUAUCUCUCUUUGCCAUGCAAAGAUAAGUCCUUAUGCAACGUCCUCGGAGGCUUGGCCCCACGACCUCCAAGCCCGCAGCAAUAGCUCGUUGAUACGAACUACCUUCCUGGAGAAUCUAGUUUCGAAUUUGACGGUUCCUGAGCUUGUUCUUCAAUUGCAUCUCAUGUUUGCAGACAACAUCAUUGGCCCGCACUCAGACAACGGCCUAUAUGAUAAAGCACUAGAGGCAGCACCGGGAGCACCGAUCGGAAUCAUCCAUGACUGGUAUCCAACCAACAAGUCUCAAUACAAUAAUCUCCAAAAGCUCAAUUCCGAGAAAUCCCGAGUCGAUAUUCCAUUCAUGCAAACCGGAGAAUGUCUACAUGGAGUAGGGUCGUUCAAACAGUCCAUGUUUCCUCAGGCCAUCGGAAUGGCAGCAACUUUUGACACGGACCUUGUGUAUAGAGUUGGCCGAGCUAUUGCGACUGAAGCGCGAUCGAUUGGGAUUCAUGCUUGCUUUGCCCCCGUGCUCGAUUUAGCUAAAGAUCCUCGCUGGGGUCGCGUGCAAGAGGAUUGGGGAGAAGAUGUGGUUCUGACAUCUCACAUGGGUGUCGCCUUUUCAAGCGGGUUGUCCAAAAACGGUAGUUGGUCAGACCCCGAUGCCGUGAUACCGGUGAUGAAGCAUUUUGCAGCUCAUGGGAGUCCGCAAGGGGGUCAUAACGCUGCUCCAUUCAUGGGAUACGGCACGCGUCAGGUUUUGCAAGAAAUGCUUGUUCCAUUCAAGGCAGCGGUGCAGCUUGGAGGCGUUAAAGGCGUGAUGAUGGCUUACAAUGAGUUCGAUGACGUUCCUUCCUCCGUGAAUCCUCUUCUAUACGAGGCAUUGGCAGAUUGGGGAUAUGACGGCUAUAUCACUGCGGAUGAUACAGGGCUUUCUGAAUUGUUGAAUACGCACCUUGUUACUAGCUCCGUUGCAGAUACGAUUGCCCAAUGGCAUAACGCCGGUGGAAUGGUUCAAUUCUACGAUUUUUCUCUUGAAGAAUACAUCAAUGCAACGACUUCUUUGGUCGCGAAUGGAACUCUAUCCAUCGAAACACUGCGAUCUUUGGCCAGUCGGGUUCUCGGUGUCAAGUAUGACCUAGGGCUCUUUGAAGAUCCCUACAUCCCACAAAAUAUUGAGUCGGAGAACAUUACUAUAUCUCACGCUCCUCUGACCCUUGAAGCUGCCCGUAAAAGCGUUGUGCUACUUGAAAACAAGAAUUCCACACUACCUAUAAGCCCCGACAAGCAAAAAAUCAAAAAUAUUGCCUUGGUUGGACCUUUCGCAGAUACAUUCAACUAUGGUGAUUAUUCCGGCCAAUGGGGAGGAUAUCCAGUGCGAAAUGCCAGUACAAUCCGGCAGAGUCUCUCCGAACACCUUGCAGCCCACUUUCCGGAGACCGACCUAUACAAUAUUCCACCAUAUCUCCUAUCUUCGAAUGAUACAUCUGGGGGUCUGUUGGCGACGUAUUAUGCCGAUACCGAUUUUUUCGAUGCAAAAUUUCAAAAACUUGAGACCCCAAGCCUCGACUGGGGUCUUUACCCGCCAAAUGGGCUACCAUCGAAUAAUUUCAGCGUCAUAUGGGAGGGAAUGGUCAAUGUUCCUGUUGAAUAUGACACACAAGGUUGGCUCGGUGUGGCUCUCUAUGCUAAUACAUCAGCAAGACUCUACAUUGACGGAAAACUUCAUGUCGACGUGAAGCCAACACUUGAGUACCAGGCAUUGAACUAUAAUCAGAAAUUUGAGAAUCAAAAUUCACUGAAUGCCCAGGUGCUUUUAUUCUGGAAUCUUGUUGACAACAUCGAUCCAGUAAAGCAGGCCGUUCAAGUUGCCUCCGACUCAGACCUCGUCAUAUUGGCAGUUGGAGCUAACUGGAAUAGCGAUGGGGAAUCUGGAGACCGGGCAACCUUGGAGCUUUCACCAAAUCAAACCGAACUCGCAGAUGCGAUGUUUGCUUUGGGGAAACCAGUGGUUCUUGUCCUGCAAGGCGGUCGCCCGUUCGCAAUUCCGGAGUAUUACAACAAGUCAGCCGCCGUCUUGAAUACUUUUUUUCCUGGUCAAGCAGGUGGCCAAGCGAUUUCAGACGCAUUAUUUGGCUUGGUUUCGCCUGGUGGUCGGGUCCCCAUCAGUGUUCCAUAUAGUGUUGGCACAUUGCCAGCGUUCUACAACUACAAACCCUCUGUUCCUCGGGAUUACGUGGACAUUCCUUAUAAUUCAAUCUACCCGUUUGGUUAUGGACUGUCAUACACCAAUUUUUCCACGUCCAAAUUUCAUGUUUCAGCAAUCGGCAGAGAUCCAGAUAUGUUUGAGUUCAGAGCUAGCUCGAUUAUAACAUUUUCUGUCGACAUCAAGAACACCGGCCCAGUAGCAGGUGAUUAUGUUCCCCAGGUCUACCUGCUUGGUCGCGUCGCCUCAAUUGUGCGACCGGUCAAACAACUCGUCGCGUUUCAUCGUGUCCAUCUGCUUCCAGGUGAAUCAACCACGGUUGACAUGACUCUUGAUGUUUCCCGGUAUCUGGUGGUCCUUGAUCGAGAAUACAAUUGGGUUGUGGAGCCAGGCGAAUAUACCUUCGCCUUGCUCGAUAAUGGAGGCAGCUCUGCAGAUACAUCGACAAAUGUGACUCUCAGCUGCGUCCACUAA